GGAAGCGCCAUCCGGACCCGCCCCCUGCCCGCCGGAGCCGGAAGUUGCGACCCCGGCCCGUACGUCGCCCCCCGCGGGCCGCGCCGCACCAUGCUCCGUGGUCCCCAGUGCCUCCUCAAGGUCUCCGUGGCACCGGUCGCGGCCCUGGCUGUGGCGCUGCUCUCGUCGCUCUCGCGCUGCUCCCUCCUGGAGCCGGACGACCCCGCGGUUUCGGCGCUCAGCCCCUACUUCGGCACCAAGACCCGCUACGAGGAUGCCAACCCCGGGCUGCUGCCGGACCCCGAGGCGCCGCGGCGGGACCCCGAGCUGCUGGAGGACGCCUGCACGCCAGUGCAGCUGGUCGCCCUCAUCCGCCACGGCACCCGCUACCCCACGGCCAAACAGAUCCGCAAACUGCGGCAGCUGCACGGCCUGCUGCAGGCCCGCCAGUCCGGCGACGGCCGCGCUAGCCCCGCCGGCGGCCGCGACCUGGGCGCCUCGCUGGCCGACUGGCCACUGUGGUACGCCGACUGGAUGGACGGGCAGCUGGUGGAGAAGGGGCGUCAGGACAUGCGACAGCUGGCGCUGCGCCUGGCCUCCCUCUUCCCGGCACUGUUCAGCCUCGAGAACUACGGCCGCCUGCAACUGGUCACCAGCUCCAAACACCGCUGUGUGGACAGCGGCGCCGCCUUCCUGCAGGGGCUGUGGGAGCACUACCACCCCGGCUUGCCGCCCCCCGACGUCGCAGAUAUGGAGUGUGGACCUCCAAGGAUUAAUGAUAAACUAAUGAGGUUCUUUGAUCAUUGUGAGAAGUUUUUAACUGAAGUGGAAAAGAAUACUACAGCUCUUUAUCAUGUGGAAGCCUUCAAAACUGGGCCAGAAAUGCAGACCAUUUUAAAAAAGGUCGCAGCUACUCUGCAAGUGCCAGUCAACAAUUUAAAUGCAGAUUUAAUUCAGGUAGCUUUUUUUACCUGUUCAUUUGACCUGGCAAUUAAAGGUGUUAAAUCUCCUUGGUGUGAUGUUUUUGACAUAGAUGAUGCAAAGGUACUAGAAUAUUUAAAUGAUCUGAAGCAAUAUUGGAAAAGAGGAUAUGGGUACACUAUUAAUAGUCGGUCCAGCUGCACCCUUUUUCAGGAUAUCUUCCAGCACUUAGACAAGGCAAUUGAACAGAAACAAAGGUCUCAGCCAGUUUCCUCCCCAGUCGUCCUGCAGUUUGGUCACGCAGAGACCCUUCUUCCACUGCUCUCCCUCAUGGGCUACUUCAAAGAUAAGGAGCCCCUGACAGCUUACAAUUACAAGGAACAAAUGCAUCGCAAGUUCCGAAGUGGCCACAUCGUGCCCUAUGCCUCAAACCUCAUAUUUGUGCUUUACCACUGUAAAAACGCUACGACUCCCAAAGAAGAGUUCCGAGUGCAGAUGCUGUUGAAUGAAAAGGUGUUGCCAUUGGCUCACUCCCAGGAGACUGCUUCCCUGUAUGAGGAUCUGAAGAACCACUACAGGGACCUUCUCCAGAGCUGUCGCACCAGUGACGAGUGUGAAUUACCAAAGGUGAACAACACGUCUGAUGAGCUAUGAGUAACCGAAUAAGAUUUUCCACCCGUCAGGGGUGAUCCCAUGCUUGCACAAGCCGGGCAGGCUGCAUUCCCAGGAAGCUUUCCCAGUACGUGCGUCUUUCUGUCUCUUCACAGAAAGAUGUCGAGUUUCCUUUUGAAUCUGGAUGGAGAUGUGUGAGCACGGCUCCUCACUGGGGCAGCUCUCUCAAGGGGAAAAGUCUGUUGGAAGAAGUAGUUGGCCCUAUAGCUGUUUACGGAAAUUAGAGUCUUCCUAUUUAUAGACAAGCUCUCACACUGACAUAGAACAUGAUUUCAGAAGGAUCCUGGAAAGUGCUGGAAUCACAACGUCUGUGCUGUGUAUGAUCCAUAACUUGACUGAACGAAGCAUAGGAACCUCACAGUUGUGUCACCCUUGGCUUUCCCACUGGUGGCACAGCUCUGCUGUCAUCUGUCUGCGGCAGAAAUCUCGUGGAGCCCCUAGAGCAUCACUCCGGAAGAAAGCUAACCUCUCUACUUAAGGAUUUGAAAUAAUACUAAGAAACAGAGUGUGAUUUUCAAUGGACACCUUCACUGAAGGAAGACAGAGUAUAAUAAAAUAGACAUUUUAUAAAGUAUCUGAACACCUUUUCAGUAAUUCCUCUUGACCUAUCCUAGUGAGUCUUGCGAGGCCAUUCUUUAAUUACUCCCUUAGCUGCUCUGCCUUUAUAAUGGUGAAGGGAUGAUAGGGACCAUUAGCAGCCAGUAAGACAGAAAGAAAGUUUCAGAAAUCAAAGUUUUUUAAUUGGUUGCUUCACAGGGUUUUUUUCAUUCUGUCACUUUGCUUCUUUUUAUAUUUUGCUACUGUGUGAAAUGUAUCUUUUAGUUAUUUACUGCUUUUCCAUUCUCCCCCUUCCCCCAACCCCCAAUAAGGACUUCAUCCUGGCUGGCUUGGUUUCAUGGAUCUGAACCCAUUUGUCAAAAGAUAUUUCUGGCUUUGUCAGAUGCCAUGAAAGUGUUUGCUAUAAUAAUAAACAGAAUUCUUGUGACUUUA